AUGAGUGAUUUACUAGCUCCCUUACUUUUUACACUUCGAGAUGAACCUUUAGCUUAUUGGUGUUUUACUGAAUUAAUGAAACAAACACUUUUUUGUCAAUCAGAGCAGCGAAAAUCUGUUAUGGAAAUUCAACUUGAUUAUUUACGAGAGUUGAUUCGACUUUUUGUGCCUGAGGUGUUUUCUUUGCCUAAAUGGGGGAAAAUUUAG